AUUGUUUUUUAGAUUUAGACAACAAAAACGAGGAAACUGCUGUGCUUUUCCGUUUUUGGUUUAAAACGGAAAACGAACAAAACGUGGUAUUUCUGUAUUUUCGUUUUUUCGAUUAAACAAACUUUUAAAACGUACACGGACUGACCUUAAAUAAAUAAAAUGUCUAUCCUCAAGCACUGUUCAUAAUAACAAAAACCUAAGGUGUCAGUGAGAUGUUUCGUGUCUGUUUUUGAUGUUGUUCUCAAGUCAUCUCUGCAAAUAGAAAGAAUGUGGACUGAUUGGAUGAUGUGUGCCGAUCAACAAAAUCCUAACAUACUUUGCCACAACGCUGCAUGAUGCACAUUCCGGCUUCUUAGUUUUGAGCGUUUUUUUAAGGGUGGAUGCAAGUACAUUUUAUUAACUUGAGAACAAAAUGUGGCAUAUAUCACAGGUCCCUACUUGUAUUGCUCAGAUAUACACGUAAUUAAAGACAAUUCAUGCCUACUGGCCUGCAGAAUACUAGUGGGGCCUUUGUUUUCAAAAUCAACCAAAAAAAGUUUAUACAUGGACACGAGUGAGCAUCGAGAUUGACAUCCGCCAUGUCUUUUUCUUUUCUUCUUCUAUUUUUUUUUGUUGUAGAACCAGAACCAGAACCUCCCACCAAAACCAGGAAGUAGCCGACUCUUUCUCUGCUGCUCCUGUUAUCAACGUCUCUAAAACGCCAAACAGGUGUCUUCAUAAUAUCCGACGAUGUCUUCAACCGCCUGCCAAGAACCCGUUGAACACUCCGGACUGCUCCGGUUUUACUCCGCCGUGUUUUACGCCGGCAGUUCGUUUGUCAUCACGGUGGUGAAUAAAACGGUGCUCACGAGCUUCAGGUUUCCCUCCUACAUGUGUUUGGGAAUUGGACAGAUGAUCGCCACUCUUGUUGUCCUUUAUGCUGCCAAAAUGAGCAAAACAGUCCAGUUUCAAGAUUUCGACAGAAGUAUUCCCUUAAAAAUUUUCCCCCUUCCUUUGCUGUAUGUUGGGAACCAUAUAACAGGACUGGCCAGCACCAAAAAACUCAGUUUACCCAUGUUUACAGUAUUACGGAAAUUCACCAUAUUGAUGACGAUGGUCUUGGAAGUAUAUAUACUAAGAAAAACAUUCCCAAAGAGCCUUGUGUACAGUGUUGUGGCUAUAGUCCUUGGUGCCAUGGUUGCUGCGAGUUCAGACCUGGCCUUUGAUGUGGAGGCUUACUCUUUCAUCCUGCUCAACGAUGCCUUCACUGCUGCCAUCGGCGUGUACACCAAGAAGAAACUUGGCACUGAGGGCCUUGGGAAGUAUGGUGUCUUAUUUUACAAUGCACUAAUCAUUGUCAUCCCCACUCUCUUGGCAAGUGCGGUUACUGGAGAUUUACACAAGGCAAUCACAUUUGAGGACUGGGUUGAAGCAACUUUUAUUUUUUGUUUCCUCACGUCAUGCUUCAUGGGGUUCGUGCUGAUGUAUUCCAUAGUCCUGUGCAGCUAUUAUAACUCGGCACUCACUACAACAGUAGUGGGGGCAAUAAAGAACAUGGCAGUAGCUUAUAUCGGCAUCUUUGUGGGCGGAGACUACCUGUUCUCUUGGACCAACUUCCUCGGCCUCAGCAUUUGCAUGUCGGGUGGACUAAUGUACUCGUAUCUCAUCUUUAACCACAAAUCAUCCAGGAGUAACGCAGAAGGAGCACAAGAGCUGAAGAUUCAACAGGGAAGUGCACCGCAAACUAAAUAAAGACACUAUUUCAGCUCUUACCACUGGGUGGCAUUGCUCUGCUCCAUAUUGGAGCACAAUUAUUGUUUUUACACUUUUCAUUCUUAUGGUAAAGGGACUGUACUUAUACGCCGCUUUUCUAGUCUUCCCACCACUCAAAGUGCUUUAACACUACAUGUCAUCAUUCAUAUGAUGGCAAGCGCUACCAUGCAAGGUGCCACCUGCUCAUCAGGACCAUCGAACACUCAGAACCUUAAAGGGAGCAAUUUGGGUUUAGUGUCUUGCCCAAGGACACAUCGACACGGACUUGCGGAGCCGGGGAUCGAACUGCCGAUCCUCUGAUCAGGACGACCCCAUCAAUGAACUGAUUGUUUUUAAAGGCUUUGAUGCAAUACUGCUUUAAUUUCACUUCUAAAUCAUGACUGAAUAAAUUGACAAAGACGUUGAAUUUCUGGGUCAGGUUCAGUGAAUGUUUAUUGAAAACCAACAAUUGUAUAACAGUGUGGACAGCCUGUCAGAGAAAUCUUACCUUUUUCUUUAAAAAAUGUGUAAUUAAAUGUCUACCAAGCAAGCAGGAUCACUCUACACAUGUCAAACAUGAAAACUGUUGGGGGGGGGUGUUAGCGGAGAGGAAAACUGAAAACUAAAAUUCAACUUCAAAGCUCUCCCGUAAAUCGUGCACACUCGACAUUCUAACAAACACAAUGUGUGUGUAUAUAUAUAUAUAUUAAAUGCCAUAAUCUUCUCAAACCACAAAAUAGACUACGGGUUAGAAAUGCUUCAAAAUAUACUAUACUUGGGUAAAAAUAAAUCAUUUGGUGUUUUCAUUAUCAACAUUUCGCUGGCCUUCCAGUUUCACCACAACUCCACACUUUGUAAAUCAAACAUCACAGCUAGAGUGACAGGGCAGUUAUGAGAGGCUUCAUACAGUGUUGAAGGAUGUAGUGUUGUUUAAAAAAAUGUAAAAAACAAAUGAAGGAAAAUCACCCAGCACUACAAAACACCUGUGCUGUUUCCUUGGACACGUACAACAAAUCUAUUCUUCAGUGCAUUGCAAGCUUAAUCCAAGACUUAAUAAGGGGUGUAAGUGCUGAAUAUCAAUAAACGGGUAGUCUACGUUCAUGUGAUAUAUUCUAUGGUUUUAAAACUUUGCUGAUUUUUUAUUUUUUUUUCCCGCUGGUGCCAGAAAAAAAGAUUCCAGGGCUGUCAAAGAGCAACAAAAUGUGAGCCAGGAAGAAAAGAAGAAAGUACGGUGAAAUAAAUAUCAUAAUUUACGCUUCUGAAAUGAGAUGACAGCUGCAUCACACACUACUGUGAUGCUGUGCCCGUAUCGUAACUGGUCUCGCACCUUUUAAUAUAAAAGGUGAUUGACAUCCAUUGUGAAAAUAAAUCUCCCGUCUGGUUGGAAAACAAUUUAAAGGUCUGCAUGUUUUUAACCCACGAUUCUUGUAUCUAUGUGGGAAACGGCUGUUCAAAUGGAAAUAUGGCAAGUCUUUUAAAAGGGGACUCUGGACCUUUUUAAUAUUGUAGAUCUGUAAGUAUCGUAUAUCACGAUAAAGUGGUGGAGCUUCCAGAAAGCUUCCAGACGAGAGCUCUGGAUUAGGCUUGCAAUGAUCACCUCUCAUUCGCACAUUAAAAAAAACGACCAUGUCAGCUUGCUGGACUCUUGUCUCCUCUUAGUCUGCCUACGCGCGCGUCUUUUUUUCCGCGCCGCACAGGUGAGGCCUUAAACUUAUCUGUCCAUUUUGUCCACCAUCGCCAUCGUGGCAGUGAAAUUGUGCUUUACAACGCUUGGAGAUGAAACCUGGGAGCAUGAGAGGCCAUCUUGACAGUUGGAAUGCGACUUAACACUUCCUAUGUUUGACCACACCCUGUAUCGUUCUCUCCGGCCGAGCUUAAUCCAUAUAUACAUCAGUCACACACACUCCGUUACACUCUCAAUACACUCAAAAAGAACUCGUUACCCUUCAAAGUGCAAACACAACAAAUUAAAACAUAAUUGGUACUCUUUUUGUGCCUUCAGAAGACAGGAGAAAAAGAGACAUUCUUCAUAUAGUCAAAUCUACA